GAGCCUGCCUUUUCCCCCCCCRCCCUCCUCAAAGCCGCUGACGCGGGAGCAGCAGCAGCAGCAGCAGUAGAGCCUCCCGCUUGCUUGCCUCAGCCCUAAGGAAAAGCAAGGGCUUAUUAUGGGCUGCCACUGAGCCAAGAUGGAGCUGUCUGCAGUGGGCGAGCGGGUCUUCGCGGCCGAAUCCAUCAUCAAGCGGCGAGUCCGAAAGGGACGCAUCGAGUACCUGGUGAAGUGGAAAGGCUGGGCCAUCAAGUACAGCACUUGGGAACCUGAAGAGAACAUCCUCGAUUCCCGUCUGAUUGUAGCCUUUGAGCAAAAGGAGCGUGAACGUGAGCUGUAUGGACCUAAGAAGAGAGGACCCAAACCUAAAACUUUCCUGCUGAAGGCUCGGGCCCAGACAGAGGCCCUACAUAUUGGGGAUGUACAUUUUUCUGUUAAGCCUAGUUCCAGCACAGCCUCACCUAAGCUCCAUUCCAGUGCUGCAGUGCACCGGCUGAAGAAGGACAUUCGACGAUGCCACCGUAUGUCUCGACGUCCAUUGCCCCGCCCAGAUCCCCAGAGUAGUGGUGUGGGUGGGGGUACUGGCAUACGUCCUCCUGUCUCUCCCUUUUCGGAGACAGUCCGCAUCAUCAACCGGAAAGUGAAGCCUCGUGAGCCGAAGCGCAGCCGCAUCAUACUCAACCUGAAGGUCAUCGAUAAAGGAGGGAAAGGAGCAGGUGGGGGAGGAAACUUGGCACGGUCCAAGAUCCCAUCACGAAAUCGAGUCAUUGGCAAGAGCAAGAAGUUUAGUGAGAGCAUGCUUCGCAAUCAGAUCCGCCACAUGAAAUUUGGAGGCUUUCCUCUGUACAACAAGCCAUCGGCUCCAGCUGCAUCGUUGGAAGGGAAAAUAGAGGCAGGAGGAUCUCAAGGUGCUUCUUGUGGGGUCAUUGCCUCGAAUACAUAUGAUGUCCGCAGUUCCAGCUCCUCUGACUGCCCUUCACCAGCUCCUCACUCCUCAUCUGAUCCAGAUGAUUCACCACCAAAGCUGCUUCCUGAGACGCUAAGCCCUGCCAUUCCUGACUGGCGUGAGUCGGAGGUCCUUGAUCUGUCAAUUCCUCCUGAGUCUGCAGCCACUAGGAAGCGGUCUUCUUCAGGAGGAGGUGGAGGAAGUCAGAUGCCAUCAUCUCCUUCUUCAUCUGAUCCAGAGCAAGAAUCUGGUGAUUGGCGUCCUGAAAUGUCCCCUUGCUCUAAUGUGGUGGUCACUGACGUCACCAGCAACCUCUUAACAGUCACCAUCAAGGAAUUCUGUAAUCCUGAAGAUUUUGAGAAGGUGGCGGCAGGUGGAGGUGGUGGCAGCAAUGGUGCCGGUGGCAAAUAAGUUGCAUCUUUCGCUGGAAUUGGGGAAGGGGAUAGGACAGGGAGGCUCUUCUGCAAGUUCAUGCAUGGUGUGAAUGCCUGUUUUCUUCUCUCUAUUCCUUUUCAACCAUUUUUUCCCUUUCUACUUGGAAUUUAAGAUGAUAAUGGAGGAAUUGGAUUAGAUGUAUGCUUGAAGUUCUCAGUUGUUACAGUUGGUAGGAGUUAUAAUGGGACACAAGGUUUCACUUUUCUCUACAAGGAGUGUAUUGCACUUACUUUAGGAUUGGCAAAAAAAGUUAUGAAUGAAUCAGGGAUAUGUUUUUGCAUGAGGAUGUUGUUCAGUGAAACCAGCAUCCAUUAGCCACUCUUUAUUUUACAGUUCUUUGCAGCUAUAACCAAAAGUCGUUACCUUUCUUUUACAUCUCUGACUUGGAUACGAUGGCUAGCAUUGAUUAUACUCAAGGAAGAAGAAGCUCUUGGGGCCAUUGUGGGAGAGAUAUGACAAAAGAGAAAUCACACUGUUUAAGUAGGGCCUGCUACAGAAUUUCUUGAGGGAUUUAUGUAUACUAAUUCUUCAGUGUCAUCCAGGUACUCUUCCACUUUGCAUAAUAUUAGGGGUGCUAAAUCAGUUAAUUGUAAUAGUACUUGGAUGUGUUCUCCCCUUCUCAUCUGGUUCUUGCACAUGGCACAUGUUUGUUUUGGUCAAGUCAGAGCUUCUUCAUCCUUUUUAAGCGGCCAGUCUUGUCCUAUCAUCUGCUGCCAUUCCUUUUUCUUCUUUAUAAUGAGGCACCUGAGCUCCUUUCCUGAAAUUCCCAAUGAAAGGGGAAUCCAUAUCUUUCAUAAUGGAGGGAAGAUUAUUUUUAUAUUGCAUUGGUGAAUUUGAUUCCAUUAUCCUUUUUAUGAGGUGAUUGAACAAGCUUGCCAUACUAUCUUUAUCUACACACAUCUCUAGUUGAGUGUGAUAGAAGAAUAUGAACAUCUGCAAUUUCCAGGAUGUCAAACUGCCUCUACAAUUGCCAACCAAAGGUGCUAAGAACCUGUUACAAAUCUUACUAUGUGUCUCUUAGAUCUUGAGGUGUAUGUAUGGUGUACAUGUGGAUUAUAUGUUUGCCUCUUCCUCCCAUCCACCUCCCACAAUGCCUUGCUGUUCAUGAAUUCAUUCUGACUGAAAUUUAAACACCUUGUCUUGAAAGCAGAUAAUAGUGUGGUUUCUUUUCCUACCUUCCCUCCAUCAUCCAUCAGGUGUUGAUAACUAUGAACUCAUGUAUUGGUGUCCAAGGUUUAUUGCAGAAAUGCAACCAUUUCUGCAAGCUACUGCUUCAUGGCUCUCUUGUCAUGUUAGGUUGCAGCCUUGUUGCAAGAUUUCCUCCCCCUCCUGUGUGCCUGUUCUUAGUGGCAUCUGUGUGUGUGUCUCUGUAUGUAUGGUGUUACCUGUCAUUCUCUUUGUAAAAUUUGUUACACUGUUGGGGGACAAGGGUGUAUUUGAGGUAAUCAUUCUUAAGGGCUUGCCUGCAUGCUACACUUCACUGAAAUAAUCAAGUUCUUAACAACAUCUAUUUACUGUAUUCCUUUUUGAACUUUCAAGGGCUUGCUUGGUGUGUUUUUGUUUGUUGUUUGUUUUAACAAUGAGUUAAUUAUUUAUCAAUUUAUGUAAAAGCUGGUGCUGCAAACAUUUGUGGCUUUUGGUCCUUGAUUGACAUGUUUUGUUGUUUUUAAGUGACAUUCUCUGGCCUUAUUGUUUCACAUUAGGAAGGAAUUCCACUGUCCCUUCACUUUUCUUUCUGUUUUAUGCUCUCCCACUUUUAUUCAAAUUACAAAUUUCUUCAGUGACUUGGCAAAGUUCCACUUGACUUUGUGCUUAAAAAACUCCAGGACUUUGCCUAGUACAGGUCUGAAAGAUGGUAUGUGGUGAUACAUUAUUAAUAAUGUUAAGUAUAAGUGUUUAUACAUAGAGAUGCCUAACAGAAGCAACAUGUGUAAUGUUAAACAGUGUGAUUGUCUGCGACAGUUUGAGUAUAAUUGGUAUCUAAGACAUGAGAUUCAAAGAUGUUGCUAUUCCUUUAGCCUAUUGUACAACACCCUUUGUGUCUUUCUAAAAAAUCUUUCAAAAUCAGUGAAAUCUCUAUGAUGUGUAGGGUUAUGUACCUACACACAUCUUUUACUGUUGUAUCUGUCCAAGGCUUUCUGCAGAUCCACAUGUGCAUGCUUUGGAUAAUUAUUUGUUGUUUUUUGUGGGUUUGUUGAGGUGGGCUGUAUCACUGCUUUGCCUUGAAAUAAGUGGGAGGCUUACAGCUGUAGCUUCAGUAGUGGGUGGGCUGGGUGAAGAUAGACAUGUAUAAUGGGGGAUCAGCAGGGAGACUUGUAUUAAAGAGAAGACUUUAAGGGAGAAAAAAUAGAAUUAUUUUAUGAAGCUGCAAGAGAGGAACUAUUAUACUGGUGCAUACUAGUCAAUCGUGUUUUGAGAUUGCUGGGUAUGUUUGUGGUGUUUUAUUUUUAAUUUUGUCUAAGUAGACAAAAAGGAAUUUAAUAGGAAACCCCUAAAAUAGUUUAGCACAUGGGCCCUUGGCUGAUUUAUCCAUCCCUGCUCCCUCCUGAACUUCCUGUCAUUAUGGUUUGUACAGAAUAAGACUUUCAUGUUCUUUUAAAAAGCAGUGCAAAAUUGGCUGAUUUAAUUUAAGGUACUUCCAAGGGCAUUGGGUCGACUCUUUUCUUCCUUUCAGUGAUAGAUAAAGGAUAUAGGUUAGGACACUUCUUUUGUUGGAGUUUGUACCAACAUAAAAAGUAUCCAGUAUGAGGUUAAAAAAGCUGGGGGGGGGGGGAAUUCACAGUGUGGUAAAGAUAAUUUCUUUUUAAUGCUUCGUACUAUUUUGACAUGAAAGUAAAGGGAUAAAAUGCUUUUAGGAAGGAGGACAAAACACAUGCCCAGCAGGAGUGUUUGAUUAUGGUUUCUAUGUUAUUCUGUACGUUCAGAUGUGCACCACCUUCAGCACAUUUGUGUUUUUAAUGUGGUACAUGAUAAAAAGAAAUUUAUCUUUCCCGUAAUACGUGAAAUAGUCAUGAGUGUAAAUAAGGGCUGAAACCUAUUCAGAUAACAACAACUCCUUUGCCGUAUCUAGUGUUUUUAACAUAGUACCUAUCAGAAUGGUUGCUCUGAGGUUUUUAAUUACUUCUGAACACCUUUCCAGGGGAAAAAAAACAUCAGUUUCAAAGGGUUGGAAAAGGAACAAACAGGUGUGCCCACGGAAUACUGGGUGGUUUUUUGUUUGUUUGUUUGUUUUUUGCCUUUUCCCCCUCCUUGUUGGAUAACACCCUCCAAAAACUUAACAGUUACCAUUCCGUUUAAGUGACAACCUUGUCCCUGACACAGUUUGACCACUAGAGAGUGAUGGAGAGUUAUCAAUAGUAAUUAAGCUAUGUUUGAUGCCUUGUAUCUUUCCGAAUGUUACCUCUCAUGAUGAGAGGAUAAGAAACAUGUAGAUGCAUUUGGUUGGAAAAUGGCAUGUGAAUGGGGUGCGAGGGAACCAAGGGAAUAUUGUUUGUUUCUGUGCCAUGUUUGUUGUCCUUUUUGUUCUUAGAGGAGAGUUUGGUGGAGGGGGAGGGGGGGAAGAGAAAAGACUAGUUUUGCAAAAAAGGAAAAAAGUAAAGAAAAGUUUUUCUAAAAAAAGGUAAUGAGAUUUUUACAGACAGAGGAGGAUAGAGAAUUUAAAAAUAUUAAAUGCAGUGAUUGCACAAACUGUAGUGAUAUUAGCUGGUCCUUAAAGAAGAGAGUAUUUUUAGUAUUUGUGUGUGAUGGGGAGGGUGGCAUUCAGAUAACUGAGACUGGGUGAGGAAAAAAAAGCAAAGAGUGUAACAAGAGCAAGUUUCUGAGGUGAGGAAACGAGUCCUUAUCUUUUUCUUUUAAUCCUUCUAGAACCCUUAACCUGAGGGCAUGAGAAUAAUGCUUUUCCUUCUACCUAUUUCUCUUCUUGAAUAUAAUUAUGCCAGAAUUCAGCCUUGCUCUGACAAAGUUUUGUUGGAUGGGGUUUGUGGCUCGCGGCCAUGAAUUUUGUGGGUGCAACUUAACUGUAUGGACUUGAAAAUGACCUACUGUAGAGAGAGGAAUUGAAUUGAAGGGAACAUGAUGCUGCUUUGUGAUUGUUCAUAAGAUGUAAGGUAUAAUAAGCAAAGAACAUGUCUAAGCUUUGAAACCAAAUCAAAACAGCUUGGAGAAGCUGGACAUUUUUCUCUCAGUUUCCUUGCAUACUGGUAGUUGAAAAUAAGAAAUAACAAAUAAGAUUUAUUUGGUAUGUUCCACAUCCAUAUAAACCAGAAGUUAUCAGGUGUGGAACAGAUUUCUGAAGACAGGAGAAAUAAUGGGGCCCUUCCUAAGGAUAGCAAACAUUUACUCAUGUAGGUAACUUGGGGUCCUUCUGGCACAGCCUUAUAUCCCAGACUAUCAAGGAAGAAAAUCCCACAUUAUCUGAGUGGACUCUGAUAACCCAGUUCAAAGCAGAUUGUGAGAUUUUCUGCCUUGAUAUUCUGGGAUAUAGGGAUGUGUGGAAGGGCCCUUAGUCUGCAUUGGUUACUUUCAUUCUAAGCCCCAAGGGAAGAUAAGCCAAAGGAGCAAGGCAGUCUUAGAUUAUGUAUGUGGUAUAGAAUUUGGAGGAUGGGACAUCUUGAAAGGAAAGAGUAAAUACAUAGUAGAGGGAAUGUGACUUGGUAUACAGCUGACAGUGUGAUAACUGAUGGCAUAGAAUAACCUGUCUAGGACCCCACUGGUAGAAGACAGGUUGGUGCUCUUCCUACUGGUUUAAACCAGGUCAGAAAAAGUAUUAGGCCUAGGCAAGAGCCAGGCCAGAGUUCACUUGUUUUUUAGCAGCAACUGGUGUCAUCUUGUCACCAUGUCAUCUUGCCCAUGUUUCAUGUAAGUUAUAAACACCUUAGGGAAAGCCUCUUAAUCCAAGUGUGUUGGAUGCCUUUUUUUUAUAGCUGCAGGUCAUUUUAUAGCAUACGCACUGGACAAAGGGGGAUGAAGGAUGGCAGGUUUUUAUUGAAGUGUCCUGCUACUGUGGGUUGUGUUCUUGUGUGUCUGUGAAAAUACCUUUUGUGUUUAUUUCUUGCAUGCAAAAUUGCACCUUUGCUUCCAUGCUCUUAGCUGUUCACAGCUCUUACCCAUGGCAAGGCAGAACCAAAUAUAUGUCAUCUAUUUAGGAAAAGGUAUUGGGUCCAACCCCCCAAAAAUAAAGCAUUAUCUGCCCCACUAGGAUGUUUAGCAUUACACCUGCAUUGUGCAGAGAGCUGUUUUUUAUCUGUUCAUUCUUAGGGGAUCUCCCUAUUCAGUAGCAUACAGAAACUAUGAUAUCUUUUUCAGUGAGACAUCCACCCUUUUCCUAUGGAUGUGCUAAUCUAUUCAUGCUCGGUUCUUAAUAGUUACAAGCAGGUAGUGAUAGGUAUGUGUAUGAAAACAACAGGUUGGACGUGAGAUUGGGAGAGCCACUGAAAUACUGUGUCGCCUGUUUCAAUAGGAUAUUUUUCCUUUUACUGUUGCAUAAGUUAGUCCUUCUUGGAUAAAUGAAGGGUGUGCUGUCUUAUAGCCCCACUGUUAUAAAAUAGAUUGUAUCAGAUGUCCAUUUUCUGGACAUCAAGUUCCCGUGUCUGCUUCUUAUGUUUAGGGGAAAUUAAUUGCUUUGUAAUGGUCUUUUGCAGUCUGCCUUUCCAGUAGUAUGCAAAUGUAUGGAUAAACAAAUUGGGGAGCAACAGAUAAAAAAAUAAAAUGCUGAAUAUUUCUUCUGCUGGGCAGUUGUUAGAGUUGUGGAGCAAAUUGAGAAAGGUCACGGGCUUGGGUGAGUAAAUGGAAAAGGCCCAGAAUGCAUUUUUCACUAAGUGCUCAGAGUUUCACUGUAUGACCCAUCAUGUUGCUAUUCUCCCUUGCCACUUGCCCUGAAGUCUUGCACUGUUUUGCCUGGCGCAUCCCAUGCUCCAGUCUUGCUUGCUUUGCUGCUUUUUUGACUGUCCACUAAGGGUGCAAGAACUGGGAUCUUAUUUUCUUAUUGUAAGUUUAUGUUCUGUGUAUAUAAAUAAUCCUCCACUUAAUCUGUGACAGUUUUGUGUUAAACAAAGGCGCCAUGAGCCAAUAGUGUAAACAGAGUUCUGAGAGCUGAGAACUGGGAUUGCCAGAAUCUUCUGAUCUGCAGGCUAUAUAGCUUCAGUUUGGAGAUUACUUGCUCUUCUAGCCAACACAAUAAUUACAUUGGAAGCAGAGGUGGAGCUGCUUUGGGAAAUGGUUCUAAAUGUUUGUAAACAGUCGUCUUAUUAUUUUCCCGGGAUAAAUGUUAGUUUUUGAAUGAUUCAGGUUUAGAGGACCCAUAGAAAUGAAGCUUAGGAUAAGAAUAUUCUCCUCCCCCAUAUGGCUUCAUCUCCUACAACUACAACUACCUUUAGUUGUGUUUUAAUCUUCCCUGCUUUCUCUCCUGCCCCACUUGAGAGGUAUGUUGGUCGUAACAGUAUUUUUUGGAUACUUCUGACUGGUAAAUGCAUAGUUUAUGAUAGCAUCAAAAGCUUGAAUCGACCUGUUGGUCCCUUGAGCCCAAUCUUGGCUGUUCUGAUAGACAGCACUUUCCCCAGAGAUAUAGAUUUUUCCCAGUCCCUUUUAAGUAAAUGGUUCUAGUUACUUGUUACUAUGUUGCAUGCAACACAUAUGGUUCACAGUUGAGCUUAUCAUCUUCCAAUUGGCAUUUAAAAAAAAUCAGUUUCAGGUCCUUAUGAAUGAUUAGAUGCACCACCUCUAACUCAACCAAAGGAUUUCCCUUAUUAUAUGUAGGAAAAUGCCAUGUAUCUGUAUAGUCUGACAAAAUACUAGUACAUAGCAUAGGACCAAGCCUGUUGUAAAUUCUGCAAAUAUGGCAUUUGUAAAAGUUAGAAAUUCACCAUUAUGAGAAGAUUUUUUAAAUGAAAAUAUAUCUAACUCAUAUGGCUGCUAAGAUAGGCUUGCAAACAUAGGAGCAAUGCCUAGCCAAAAAAUUAAUAAACCUAGAAUGGAGCUGAAGCAAGCUUUCUGUUGUUAGUGAUAUCACUCUAGUAUAUUAGUCAUGUUAGACAGCAAAGUUCCUCUUGCACCUAUUAGUAUCUAGUAGAAGAAAAAUAACUUACACAAGCUAAAAAAAUAUGCAGAUGACCUUAACUUGAAUAACAUAUGCAUAGUGCAUGCAAGAUUUGUGUUUGCAUGUUGCAAAGUUACAUAUAAUUUUUGAACCACCAAAUGCACUGUUAAUGGAAGCAUUGUGGUCUCAGGUGUGCCUCAGUACGGAAACAGUUGAUAGGCUCAGGUCAGUAGUUCAUCUCUAUCCUAUUGCUGGCUCCAUAUUGCUGACACAUAUGGAUGCUACUAGUGCAGCAGGACAGAGCCUGAAGACUAGGGCUAACUGUUGGUCAUAGCUAGAGUAGACACAAUGGAUACCAAUUAUGUUAGUGUUGAGUUUUCAUUCAACACUUGCUUCAAUGAGUUUGCUCUGUGGAACUAGAAAUAAGAUUCAGGCCUCAUAGUAAGCUUCUUGUCAGAUGGCGGUUUUUCCAGCCACUACAUAGAGUCCACACUGCUCAAUUUUGGUGCCUUUGGCUGCUAAGCUCUUGAGUCUACUACACUGCCUUUUCUCUUUUUCAAAUGCUGUGAGGUAAGAGAAAUGUCUGUCUAUAUUUCUUCCUUUUGUGCACCACUAGAUGAAACUGUCAAGGGCUUCUUGACAAGGAAGAGGCAUGCUCAAGUGAUGCUUAGAUCCUGACAGUUUUGUGUCAGUUUUCCUAAGGGAUGUUCCAUAUCUAGUCCUGGCCCUGAAGGAAUGUAGUAGGCAUCUGAAGAGAGGUUGCUUGUGAAGAUGGGAGAAAGCUGUUGUGCUAUUUCAGUUGCUCACUACGAUGGAGAUUCAGCUAAUGGAAGCAAGAGGAAGAAGAUAUAUCAGAUGAAUAUGUGGAGCAGGGUGAUAAGGGAAAACAAAAAAACACAAACUCUAAAAGGAGAUUUCGCUUUACAAUAGUCAAUAAAAGCUAUGUGGUUGGACCUACAAUGUAGAUAGAGAUGUUUUGCAGAUUUAAUUAAAUGUUUCCUUUGGUUGGAUUCAUUCAGUUCCUGAAUCCAGUGUGCUGAAAAUUGAUUCCUGCUUUGCGUGGCACUUAAGAAAUAUAAGCACAUGCUUUAAAAAAUACAGCACUCUCAUAUCAGGGCCUACCUAUAGUGUGAGUCAUUUUAAAUCCUCCCCUUGUUUUUUAUCUAAAUGUUUGUUUCAGGCUAUCAGAGAAUCAUAAUUCCAUGCUAUGUUGUGAGGCACAAAAAUAACUUAAUUGACUUUUGCCCUUUAGCGUAGCAGGAAUAUUUAUUACUCCGAGGGCAAGUGAGAUUCUGAUGAGGCUGUAGCCAUUUCUUGGAAGACAGCCAAUGAUAUGCUACAUUCUUGAGUACUGAAACAACAUAGGGAAACUCUUUUAUGUUGGAUAUAUACAGUAGUACAUUAAAAAGCAGCUCUGUUAUAGUAGGAUUUUUCCACUGAGCCAAGCAAACAUAAUAAAGAAUCAAUAUUUCUGAGGAUGCUGCUGGUAGCACAUAUAACUAAUGGUAAAUUGCUCUGCUUUGGUGUUAGACCCUUUUUAGAAAUAAGAUAGAUGUCUUCUGUAAACUGGUGGUAAUAAUGUGAUUUUAAUUUUGGGGAUACCUUUUUAUCCAUAGGAAUAAAAUUGAAAGAAUGGGGAAGAAACAGGGCAGAUUUAAAAGCUGGGUAAAGGGGAGAGAGGUGAAUAUUUUCUAAGGUGAAUUUCACAAGAGCAAAUGGUUGUCAGACUCCUACCAGAAUCAGCGUUGCUUCAUGGUGGUGACUGCUACCACCCUGGAGAAAAUAGAUCUGAUAAUGGCUUUCAUGGAGUUUCUGGUACUUAUUUCCCCUCCCUAAAACCUUCUACUUUCUGCCCAAACCAUUUGAAACACCAUGCUGGUUCAGUUCUCUUGAAGAAAAGCUUCUCAUUUCCACAUGGAUCAUUUCAAGGAGGUACAGAAUUGGCGCUUGCUUCUCCUUUUGCAUUCACCCUUGCACUUGCCAAGUGCCAGGCCUCAGCCUUGCCAUAUCUAAUGCUGAUGGUUUGUUGCCCUUAUUGAUGUAGAAAGGCUUUCUGAGGGGAAGAUGGCACUCACUUUGGCCUUAUCAAACCUCUGAUGUACGAGUGCUUCGUUGUAAGGCUGUGCAUGUAGUUUUUGCAAAGUUGAGGCCAGGUGUUAAAUUCUGUAAAAGAGUGAGCUGAAGUUGUUGUGUUCUAGCCUCAUGGCAUAUACAAAGUAUACUUUGAAAACCAAUAGCUUAAAUAUAUAUCUGGUAACUUUUUAUUUUGGAAAAUAUGCAUUUAAAGAAAUAAUUGUGCACGAAUGAAGUGUUAUGUAUUUUUUUUGUCUUAUAAUUCUUCAUUUUUAAAUAUAGUGUUUGCAUUUGCUUGGUUGCUUUUAAAAAUCCAGUUCUCAGCUGGCUAAACUUUCCAGAGUGGGUGGAUGUGAAGUGUUGCGGGGCAGGUGAUUCAAUCACCCUGUUCUGUCAGCAUUUCUCUCAGAAAAGUGGGUUGCUCCUGGUUUGUGAGGUGUUAAUUACUCUUGUAUCCUUGUACAUUUUGUUCUUUCUGCUGCUCUUGAGUAUUGUAUCAAUGCCAGAAAUGGGGAGUUAAAAGAUGUACCCCAAUAAAUUGUUACAUUCCAAAA